AUGGACGAAGCCGCGGCACACGCCGCCGCCACCUCCUUCGCGCCGAACUUCAACGGCGAAGACGACGACGAUCUCGGACCCGGAUACGGGGCCGGAGCGGCGGGCGGAUUGGGGAGGAGGAGUACGAGUGGGAAGACGGGUGGGACGAUGGGCAGCACGGGGACUACGGGUGGGACGGGCGGUAUGGGAGCGUACUCGGACAAUUCGCAUGGAACGUACGGACAGCCGCCUAUGCAGCCUUCUUCGACGUUCGACGUUGGAGGUGCCGGUGGCGGUGGACCAGCUGGGUAUCAUAUCGGUCCGGGAGAAGUGUUCGAUGCGUCGGCGUAUGGUGCUGGAGCGGCGGGUGUUGGAGCUGCGAUGGCGAGGAGUCGGAGUCAGAAGGCAUUGCAGGGUGAGAUGGGAGGUCCGGGAAGUGGUGGACAUGAUCCGUACCCCGCUUUUGCUGGAGGAGCGUACGAGAUGAGAGAGGUAGGAAAUGGAGCGGGCCAUCACGGUGCUGGCGCAGGAGGCGGAGGGUACGCGGAUUAUGAUAUCCUCCAGGCGGCAGGCCUAGCUGGCGCGAGUGGCGAUCCGUACGCGAUCGCGCGCGGUCAAUCCCUUCGGAACCAGAACAACAACCCCGCGCUCAGCAGAAACGGCUCGCAGUCUUCGAUGAACGCUUUGGCAGGGGCGCCCCCACUCCCGAACCCGUACGCCCAACAGGCUCAAUUCGAUAAUUACUACAACGGCGGCGCUGCGAACACGGUCGGCACAGGCCCACGGAACGCAGCUCCGGGACAAAAUAGGAUGAGCAGGCCGACGUCGUCGUAUGUCUCCGGUGGCGACGGCGAUGCCGACCCGUACGGCGGAUAUUCAGACUUUUCGCCUAGGCAGAGUGUGGUGAUGCCGAACCCGCACCACGUUCUUGGUUCCGGUGCUGGUGUGGCGGGAGGAGCGAAGGAGGGGCAGUUGGUGAAUCUGGAUAGUAGUCCGGCGACGACGGAGAGUGGGGAGGAUUAUAUGAAGGCGGGACAUCAUGGGCAGCAGCCACAUGUGGUUGGUGAGGAGGAUGAGGAGGACGAGGAGGAGGAGGAAGAAGAGGGAGGACAUGGAGGUCGGGUUUUGAGGGUUGCUAACGCGGAUUAG